UUGCAGAUGUAACAUGGGAACAGGAGCGACAAGCUUCAAAGCAAAGAUGGUUCCUAGCCCUGGUUUGACUUCAACCAACGACGGCCAGGCCUAGCAAUGCAGUGCAAUGCAAUGCUGGCAAUUUCAUUUUUUCCUCUCCUCUCCUGCUAUUUAUAACCCGAAUAGAAACGCUUGUCCAGAGCUUGUUUGCUGUUUCAAUUUUUUGGUUGGCUGGCAGCCUGGCACAGUGGCACGCUACGGCGCCAAUAAAAUCCUCCUUGGGAAAACUGGAGCCUUCAAAGUUCAGGGGCCGGUGCUGGCGGGGCUUCUUGGGCGACGAGGCCCCAUCGAGCACCCGAAACGGCGCCGGGUGUUAGGGUCGAUUGGGGGCGAGACUUCGGCUUUGGUUCGGGUGAUGCGGCCCUGAUACUUGUGUGUAUAGUUACUAGUAGGGAGGACAGCACAGCGUGACAGCCCCUGGGAACGAACAUGUACUGCGUUAUGAUCUGCAGCAGCGAUGGCAUUUCAGAAAGAGACAGAGUUAUGUAUGUAACUUUUACUAUCAAAUAAUAGAUAAACGGUUCCGUUUUCAGAAUACACUUCAAGUAGUUAUCUUCUAAAGGUAUAUAUGUACUUUGUAACCUACUGAAGAAGACCAGUUCCCGCAGACUCAGAGCUGACGAUGCAUCCCUCAAACCACCCCACUCACUCACUCUCUUCCGGCCCGUUAUUGCCUGUUACAAUAAUAACGUUCAUAAUCGAAAAAAAAAAAAAAAAAAGGUAAGACAAAAGCCCCUUCCCCUAUCUAGCUGGUGGAAUGUGGCGUAGUUCUUUACAAGAAUGAUGAGGCCUGUCCGCUGGGUUUAACUAUUAUAAUAUUUUCUAACCCCUUGGCCUCGAGCAAUUAAUUCUAUUGAAAUACUACUUCAGCACUCCCCUCCCCACCUCCCUUCAGUCUCAUAGACAGUUUCUUCCUUUGCUUCAAAUAUUAUUUCUUCUCUUCUCUUUUCUGUUUUAGAUUUACUCGUCGCUCUAUCCCGACCUCUCUCCUCUCUCCUCUAGCUGGUGGUUUCUCUUCGAAUCCUUUGUGGUUGAAUAGAUAGAUAGAAUCAGCUAUUUCCCCUCCAGUAAGUAGGUAGUUUAUAUUCCAAUCCUAGCAAUCUGCUUGCGCAAGCAGCCCCUCCAAGCGGGCAUCUCUGGAGACUGAACGGGCUCUAUUGGUCCAUAUACUGGGUUCUGAGAUCUGCGGCAGACGGGGGUUGGAUGAGGUGACACGGCUGCCAUUGAAUGCCAUGAAAGCCACGAGAGCGAUGAAUACCGUCGAUGCCAUGCCAGGGGCGGUUCCAAGGUUUGAAAAGGAAGCUUGGUCUGGGCAAGCAUCAUCGCCCAACGCUGGUUGCAGUUCCCUCGCCCAAAAAGCCGGUUUCUGGCCCAACAACACGCCAACACUCGCCAACACUCGCCAACUCUCUUUUCUAUCUAUCUUGAUACAACUACUCUGGCGCUGACAGUUUGAAGCCUCCCAUUGAUCCCUCUAGAUCCUAUAUUUCACUUGGUCCUCCGACUACCUUCUACUUUCUCUUAUUUAUUCUGAUUCCCAAAUCAUUGCGACAUGGCGAACAGGGCAAUUCCCUCUCACCUUCGAGCCCCUGGGCAAGAGGCGGGGAACACCGCAGAGAGCCCCUUUGAGAGAAAACGUCAUGGAAAGUCACAGUCACACAUGGCGUUCGAGAAUGCCUCUACCAGCGUCGCCGCCUCCCAGAUGCGCAACGCCCUCAAUGCCCUUGCCGAUACCGUUACAGACCCCAAAGAAAAGAAGCGUUUCGAAGCAGAAAUGGACAACUUCUUUUCGCUAUUUAGACGAUACCUAAACGACAAGGCCAAGGGCAACAUCCUGUCUUGGGAUCGCAUCGCUCCCCCACAGCCGAGCCAAGUUGUCGAGUACAGCGAUUUGGGGAAUUCUGCCUCAGUAGACUUUUUGAAGAAGUUGGCCGUGAUCAAGUUGAAUGGUGGCUUGGGAACGUCGAUGGGUUGUGUCGGGCCCAAAUCCGUCAUCGAGGUCAGAGACGGCAUGUCCUUCCUGGACUUGUCUGUCCGGCAGAUCGAGUACCUGAACCGAACCUACGACGUGAGCGUGCCAUUUGUGCUCAUGAACUCCUUCAAUACCGACGAGGAUACACAGUCGAUUAUCAAAAAGUACGAGGGACAUAACAUUGAUAUCUUGACGUUCAACCAAUCUCGAUAUCCUCGCAUUCUCAAAGAUUCUCUAUUGCCCGCAGCCAAGAGCUAUCAGUCUCCCAUCACUGACUGGUAUCCUCCCGGGCAUGGUGACGUUUUUGAGUCCCUCUAUAACUCUGGAACGUUAGACAAGCUCUUGGACAGAGGCGUUGAGAUUGUUUUCCUCUCCAACGCUGACAAUCUGGGUGCUGUCGUCGACAUGCGGAUUCUGGAGCACAUGGUAAAGAACAAGGCAGAAUACAUUAUGGAAAUAACAGACAAGACCAAAGCCGACGUCAAGGGUGGUACCAUCAUUGACUACGAGGGCCGGGCCCGCCUUCUCGAAAUCGCCCAAGUGCCCAAGGAGCAUGUGAAUGAAUUCAAAUCCAUCAAGAAAUUCAAAUACUUCAACACCAACAACAUCUGGAUGAACCUGCGCGCCAUCAAGCGCGUCGUCGAGCAGAACGAGCUCGAAAUGGAAAUCAUCCCCAACGACAAGUCCAUCCCCGCAGACCGCAAGGGCGAGGCCGACAUCUCCAUCAUCCAGCUCGAAACCGCCGUCGGCGCUGCCAUCCGCCACUUCAAGAACGCCCACGGUGUCAACGUGCCCCGCCGGCGCUUCCUGCCCGUCAAAACCUGCUCCGAUCUCAUGCUGGUCAAGUCCGACCUGUACACCCUCCAACACGGCCAGUUGGUCAUGGACCCGAACCGAUUCGGCGGCGCCCCGCUGAUCAAGCUCGGAACCGAUUUCAAGAAAGUCUCCGAUUUCCAGAAGCGGAUCCCCAGCAUCCCGCGGAUCUUGGAGCUCGACCACCUGACCAUUAGCGGCGCGGUUAAUCUGGGCCGCGGUGUGACGAUGAAGGGAACUGUGAUCAUUGUGGCAACGGAGGGGAGCACGAUUGAUAUCCCCCCCGGAUCUAUUCUCGAGAAUGUUGUUGUGCAGGGAAGUUUGAGGAUUUUGGAGCAUUAGGGAACAAUAAUUAAUACCAAAACAUCCCUCUCCUUCUUCUCCUUCAAACCUCAAAACCAAUAUUCAGUAUUUUCUUUUUUUCUCCUUGACCCUGCAUUUUCUUUCUGAACUUUUUUACUUGUAUUUUUCUUCCCUGAAGGACCUUUUUUUCAUAUGAGCUAGGCAUAAUUUUUACUGGCGUUUAAAAAACCGAGAGCCCUGUGUUGCUUUGUGUUUGCGUGUGUGUAUCUCUCGCAUGUUUGUUGAUUUGUUGAAUAAAGGGGUGUUUAAAUUUUUGUCCCUUUCAGUCUCUUUUCAUCCCCCCCCCUUUUUUUUUCCCUUUAGCCUUCCCUUAUUAUAUGUCGAAGUUCUGUGUAGAGAAGCAAGCAGAUCACACCUUAUCAGUUCAAUUUAAUUCUUUUCUUUCGCUCUCUUUCUCAAUCCCCCGCCCCUCACUGUCUGCUGUGGCGCUAAUAAUUUUUUUUAUUUCCUUUACUACAUACAUAACUUGAUUUUAUAAAUAAAGACCAUUUUUCUUGAGUUUCUCUGUUUACCUUCGACUUUGAUAUUCUUUCUUUCUUUUUUCUCUCUCUCUUUUUUAAAUUGUUAUAUUGUUAUCCAUGAGACAAUAACAGUAUGUAUCUACAUCAGUCAGGGCAGGGUAGAGAGGUAUGUAUGUAUAUUAUACAUUAUAUUGACAAGUUGAUAGGCAGGAUGGAUAAUUAACAGAGUUAAAUUACAUUCGACGGGGUUCGCUGGUUAGCUGCUUUGUUUUCCAUGGGCCUUGUUGAGGUCCAUUCCAUGGGAGCGGGAUGCAUGUAACAUAUAUAUCUGAACGUACCUAUCUACUCCGCCCACGGGACCUGGCACACACGUGCAUGGGACUACCUACCGACUAAUAUGCGAGUGUACCUGUGAGUGAAGAAAUAUGUAUAUGCAAAAAAAGUCGAGAGCGACCAUCAGAAUGCGUAUUAAUCAGUAAUUAGUGAUUUGAUUGAUUGAUGGAUUGAUUGAUUGAUCUACUCAAACAACCCUUAACUACUGGAGUACAGAGUUAUCUAUGUAAGUAGGUACGGUAGUUACAGUAGUCACAUCUAGUUAAGCGAUCAAUGAUCAAUGGGAUGGAAGAAGGGAUUGAUUUGAU